CAAUGCUGGGUCUGCUAUAGCGUUGUUUUGACGAAUUGGACCUGGAAUAACUGCUCGCUACAUCUAGGAUUGACGCUCACGAUGAAAAUUUACGCAGCGUUCGCUUCAUGGUAUCUUGUGGUGCUCUUUCACGCGUGGCCAAGUGUAACACUCGCGCUCGAGAGAGCUCUGGUUGAAGUAGUGAUCUACGAGCCUUCGUCGGGUGGAGACUACAAAACCUACACUUACGAGCUAGAAGGGACCUUUUCCAAUGCUGGAGCCGCUACAAGCGCUGAAGGGGACAUACUCGAGGUAAGAAUUUUCUAAUUCACUCGUGCUGGCUAACACAAGUUCUCGCCAGUACAUGCUGGUACAGCCAAGAAUUGUCGCUGAGAGUUCUGCGGUUUUGUUUAUCUCAGUACGCUCCACACAGGCCAACUCAUUGUAGUUUUGUAACAUUUUGCGUGCGAUCCUUCAAGGCUUUUCAAGCGACUAUUUUCGAUUUGUUUACCCAGUGCCGGUCAAAAGUCCCGCAUGCAUGACAUAUUGAAGUACCGAGACGCUUCGCUAGUUUGUUGGCUCGAUUUAAUGAGUCCAACUGAUCGCUUUCAUACAAAGCAUCGGCAUUGGUUUCAACGUAAUUAUAAUUACACUCAUUUUUCUACUCGAUGUCACGAAAGAAAACCGUUUUUUGGUGUUCGCUUGAGCGACCCUUGCCUUUGUUGAAAUUUUACCCUGUUACGAGUUUUCUCUGUAAAAGUGUUCAUUUCAGUUUGCGCGAUAGACUAUUACUCGCAGUUUCAUUCGUCGCGAGCGCCAGUUAUUCAUAUCCUGCAUCUUUUUAACCGCAUUCGCUGAAUCCCUUCUUUCGUUAUAAACGGUUUUGUUUCUAAGAGAACACAAUCGCGUUUAGCUGUUCGAUCUGAUCAUUCGUUCGAUUUGUCGAGGACGUGACUGAACGUUUCUCAGCCUGUAAUCAAUUACCCAUGUAGUUUUUAAUCACAAUGUGUUGGUUUCCGUCGCUUUAGCGGUGGAAUGUUUUGGGUAUUUUCUGAAGCGCGCUGUUGCGUUCUUAGUGCUUUGACAUUUCUCGUGGCAUUUCUCUUUUCAUUUGCUCGAAUUUAACAGCUUUAAGUAUUGCUCUUCAACUCGCCAGUGUUUUUAUAAGAAGGGGUCGAUAGGUCAGGGAUGUGUACUCUCCGUAGAUUUGUCAGAAAACUGCGUUUAUUUGCAUGCCGGAAAUGCGAAGCCUUUUGAGUUGAAGAGGGCGCUUGCUUCACGCGACAUGACUUGAAUAGAGCUAAUUUUCACCUUCAAAAUGUUUCCUUUAUUGUGGAUAACGCAGCCGCCCUGUAAACCCCAUCAUCAUUUAAUUCCCGUGACAAUGAGUAGAUUCUUUUCAUUCGAGCGAGUUCCGUUUUAAUCGCAAAUCGAAAUUCCGUCUGUAACUUUUAAAUUAUGUGAUCAAAUCUUCUCAAAGUCUUUGACCCACGUGCAUAUGAACCCAGGUAGGUCCCAACAUUACCCAUGUUUUAUGGCUGUUCUGGGAUGACAGAUUGGAUCUUCGAUUGGCUACUCGGUUGUGUGCUUGCUUAAGAUAAAAUGCUAUUGCUUACUCAACUGCCGGUUAUGGCCUGGAUUACUAAUCUCUGGUUAACAUUUGUUAAGUGAACCAAUCUUUGGAAAUAGAAAACAAUAAAGCGGUCUUCCCAUUUUUUUUUUUUUUUAAUUACUUCCUUUUCAUAUUCAAAGGUAAAUGAAAUGAUCUAGUUGCUACGGCUUGAAAACUCAAAUGCAAAGUUCUUUCAAAACUGACAUUGUGCUAAAGGUAUCACGAAAAUUUGUUCUUCGCUUUUAGGAACAAAAGAGGGCUUUACGUUAAAACCACAGAAGAAGGCAAGACGUGACAGACAAUUUACCUAUGCGUCUUUAAAUUAAUCUCAAGCGGCAUACGAAGACCGAUAACUUUCCUUCGUUCUACGGAAAACAUACUAAAAUAUAAUUAAGUUUGACGGGCCCUAAGCCGCGGGUCCGAAUAGGUGUUUAUCAUCCUCAUAAGGCUAGUACUACAAUACUUGCAAUUACAAUUCUUGAAAGCCCUACACAAAGCUGUUAUUGCCGCGAGAUCGGGAUAAUUAAAGGAGCAAGACAUUUUUGAAUUAAAACAAGGACAAUACAAUCGUUUAAGCGCUUAGUUGGCCAUUGUUAAGGUGGCGUUUUUCAUAGAAGCGCCAUCACAAACUGAUAACCUUUUUCUUCUCACUAUCAAGUUCCAUAAAAUGCGUUCAAAAAAAUAUGAAAUUCCACCUGAAGCAAACAUCGACAGAAAAAAAAGGUGAUAUAUCCAAUUUGUGCUUUUGAUCGUUCAGUUAAAAAGUCUAUCAGUCGCUAAAAUGAUUAGCGUUGAGCUAUUAAAACUAUACAUGUCGUGUUCCAUCUCAGCGUUUUCCGCAUGUGAAUACACGAGUCGUAUUAAAAGUUUCGUGCUUUCCAAAGAACCUUUCGAACUCUACACGACGCAUCACUUUUUCGGUUAAUGCACUGUCCUUUGUGAAACAAACUUACGUGAACACCGUUUAAUUUCGCGGGUAUUCUUAAAACCUGAAUAGAUCAACGUACAGUAAAACCCUUUUUCGUUACUUCAAAUUCUAGAACACUACUGUACAAUUUGGAGGCUUUGUUUUAAACCUUUUUCUUAAUUUUCGCUUCUUUUUAUAGCAGACAAUUCGCCGAGCUAAUAAUAUUAAGUGAAAUAACACGUGUGAAACCCUUCAAAUAAUCUGUCAGCGUACGAGGCCUCGUCGCUCGCGGCGAGAUCAAUUCAAAUUUUAAUAUAAAACAAGCUUACAUUUCCUAAUCUCAGUAUGCUCUUUUACACCCAUCGGAACCACCACCUAUUUCACUAGUUUGUGCGUUUCCGCGUACAAACGUCCACUAUUUGGACCGUCGAGAACAUCUUGAUAUUUGAGGGUUUAUCUCUAGACUAAACUUUGUGGGGGAAACCGGCUUGAUUGCCUCGGUUAAUUACACUAAUGGUUUUUCCAGAGCUCGUGAAAAGAAGAACCGAUCUUUUCCCCUCCGUUUUCGUGCAAAGAAGAUUAACUUGAUCGAUGUAAUGAUAGCAGCAUAAACAAUAACAUUGCUUAUCUUUGACGGAAUAACAACGACUUCUACGGAUGAUCUUUUGUUUUGCGCGAAGUUAUUAAAAACUUGUUUUUCUAUUUCUCUCGGGUUGAGCGAGGCGACUUUGGAAUUUAAGAUUUCGCGUAGAACUUGCUCACAGCUGGAUUGACACUUUUUUCGGAAUUCUUAGAAAACCUGAAAUGCCAAUUUUAUUUAAAGAAUAACCUCUUCAAAUAAUUACACGAGUAUUGAAACAGGUCCUUGAGGGGCUUUAUUUUGAAAACAAUCUUUCAAGAAAGGAUUUUGUUAAGUGUGCGUGUAAUAACUGACCACUUGAACUUUAGAUGCGGGCUGAUGAAGAUUAAAUCUAAAGAAACCGAGUAAUUUUACAAGCUGUUUUCCUUCUUUAAUAGCCACUAUAACUUUUCAAUUAAUCGCAGUGGAAAAGUAAUUGUCUGCAUUCGGUGCCGGAAUAUUUGCUGCCCCUCCUGGCCAAAUUAAAUAUGACCCGAAAUUGAAGUCAAGUGUGAAACCACUGAUUCACCCGAGUGAUUUUGUAAUUAAAAUGUUCUUUCGUCGCUUUCGGUUUUGUCCUUUUUGACGUGAAGUUUUUAACCAGCGAACCAAUAACUUUUAGGUCUUAAAACUGGGAACAAAAACUCGCGAUUUUCGCCCGUAAUAUUGAGUGUUAAGUAAUUUGAAACGUCUCAAAAAAUUCGCCGUGUUUUGUUGCUCCAAGAAAAAAAAUUAAAUCUUUAUUAAGUUCUUACAAUGUUGUUAUGCAAACAUUGUUUCAGGUAUGUUAUUACGAACGUCAUUCAAUUUACUUCUUUUCUUAUCGCGAUAUUGUUUUAACAUGUCUCGUUGCAUUGAGCACCUCGUUUUAACGUCGGCCCCUUCUUAGUCGUUUGGACAAACUCUUGUUUAAUGUUUAUCGCAACUCCACAAAACAUCUAAAGAUUCCACGCACCGCCGAAAGUAUAGCCAAUGUUGUCCCUCAACAAAACUAAACUUCACUUUUCCAUUUGAUUCUUCCUUGAUUACCGUCUUUGUAAAUGAAGCCACCCUCGUGUGAUCUCGCAGCGUUGUUUGUCUUAGGAAUGAAAUAAAGAACCAAGCAGACUUUUUUGUUACUAUAACCCUGACUGUUUUACGGAAGGUCAAAGCCAUGUGUCCUGUCGAGUGAUAUCCAAUCAUAAGUUCACUAUUUUACUCGCGAUACUUUCUUGAUUGUCUCAUCGUAAAAAUUUAAUCAACUUUCAGCAAAAACGUUUCCACUCUGAUUCUUUUUCGAUCUCUGCUGAAACUGAAUAUAAUUCGGGAAGAAGAAAAAUUAAUAUUUACAAGAGAAAUACAAAAAUUCUCCUUGGCUCUUUUUUGUUAUGUCCAGCUGCUUAUUUUUAAUAUAAAUUGUGGAGACCGAAGGAACAUUCUACUAAAAAAAUAACAUUGGCUUGGAAACGAGUACUUCUUCCACAUCAUGCUAGCAUUCAGUCACAUUGUUGAGUAUUUUUUCUUUUAUAGGUUUAUUAUAGAAGGAAGUUUUUCUGCUUAAUUUCUUCUGAUGCCUACUUGGUUUGAAGUUUCUUAAAACUUGUUUAAAAAACUCAUCCCUUUAAGCUUUCAAUCGGUUAAAAUCGGCCAUCUCGCUUCAAGAUGUUGAUACAUAUACAUUGUCAUACUCCUUGUUGCUAUGGUAACUAACAGAUUAAUACAAAAAUAGACAUUUUAGCCAGCAUUAGUGGUCAUUGGUGAGGACAGUUUUGCUUCUAGGCAAACAGAUCUCUAAAACUGAAGCUUGUAAAGGAUUAGCCUGAAUGCAGUAUGGCUGGCUGGUGAUUAAAACAAUGCAGACCAGACAUAUACAAGAGGGGGCAAGUGUAAGAACCCAGGGUACAAUAAUCCAGUUUCAAAGAUUUAUUUGUACAGGGUUAGCCUCAACCUAAAGAAAAUAUUCACAAAAUUUGUAGCCUGUACACAGACCUUGUUUUAUUUUUCCUUUUGUUCUUUUCGAAAACAUCUUGUGCUGGUGGUCAAUAAAUCUCCUACGGUUUAUAUUUUAUCACCAGCGCUCGACAGACUUUGAAGAGAAAAUAGAGGGUCUGUAAACAGGCUACAAAUACCGACCUGAAGGUGCCGGAAUUUGAGUUUAAAGCAACAGACACAGUUGCUCACAGGUCUUCUACUGACUGGAAUUUGUGAUUUAUAUUUACCUUAUUUAGGUCAAGGCUAACCCUGUAUUAUACCGUAUUUAUUUGAACAAGCGCCCAACCUUGAAUUAGCACCCACCUCAAAUAAGCGCCCAUCCUAAAGGCCGAAAAAGUUAAUAAGUGCCCAGCCUCAAAUAAGCGCCCACCCGCUCCUCCUCCCAAUCAAACUCAAAUAAGCCCUCACUCCCACCCCACCCACUUGAGUGAAUAAAUUCUAAUAAGAGACUUCCCCGAGGACGGAGUUUUCUUCAGAGUAUUUUACAGAAACCUUGCUUUGUUACUUCUUCACGUUUUGUUAUUAGCAUUUAUUGUUUUGUUGCAAAAUAAACAUACUUCACUUUCUGAAAAUGGUGAAAAUUUAAUAAGCCCCGACCUUGAAUAAGCACCUCCUCUCAAGGUCCAAAAAUUGAAAAUUUAAUCUAAAGACAGCUCUAUACAUUAAAGAAACAUUUAUUUCCUGAGCAAAAUUUUCCUCUGACUUAGAAGCCCAGUGCCAUUCAUGUCAUCCACCCUGCCAAAAAUUAGAAUUAUUUUGUACAGCAUGCAAAAAAGCACCAAAAACCUUUGGUGGAAUUUUGUGUUAGAGAGCAAGUCCAGUAGACGCUAAUUUAUGUAUUUGGUGAAUUCAUUAAUUAAUUAUUGUCUUUUUGUCAGAUUCAUCCACUUGGGCUGUGUAAUACCUCAGAUGACAAUGACUUGUAUGAAUAUGGUUGGGUGGGCGUUGUCAAGCUUAUGCCCCCAGAUGAACUCAAUGAGCCAUGUUUCACACUACUUGAAAAGGUAACUGUCUUGUUGUAACUUUUGUAGGAUGUGACAUGCUCAUUUGCAGGAAAAAGGCCACAAAUUUGUUCUGCUAUAUACAUUGUAUUUGUACUUAAUAGAUGAGUUCAGUGGAGGACUUGAAUGUUUCCUUUAUUCAGUUCAUUAUUAAAGCGAAAAUAAUGUAUCCAAAGGAAUGAAUGAGGUUUCUUAAAAUGUAAUGAUAUGGAGAAAAAAGUGAGGUGUCUAUAAACAAAGAUGUUAUUGCAAUCUCUUGAUUGUUUGAGUCAGCAGAGUAUACAGUAGAAUAAAGCCCACUUAAAAACUAACUGAUGAAAGAUGAAAACAAUAAAUUGGGGCCGGAGAGUAAAAAAUUUCUGUGAAGUUUUAACUUUAGCUAAGUUCAUUUGGGAGAGUUUUAGACAGGGGGCUAUGGAACUAGAGUAAAACCUAAUUUCUGUGACAUACUGGAAUUUGGCCAAAGGCCGAGAAAAUCUGGUAGUAUUAACUAGUGAAAUCUUUUAAGUUUGAAAUCCUUAAACAUACAUUGAGUCUUAUAAUGUUUGUCACAACCCCUGUGCUUGUGCAAUAAUCAAGUAUGACAAAAAAUUGUAAAUUUUGUGGGUCUUCAGGAGGUUCUUAGACUGGAACAGCAGACAUAUUUCCGGUCGUCACUUCUCCUAGGAGGUUCUCAUGAUCAAAUUCAACAUAGUUGCAGUUCAUCUAAUAUGACAAUUUAGGCCCCCUUGAUAUUAUUGAUACAGUGCAUCAUCAAUAAAUGAAAUAAGAAAUAAAUGCUGUCUGCUCGAUCUACUUUUAGAAAAUAUCCCAUUAAAAUUAUGAAAUUACAGAGACAAAAAAUUACCUAAAUGACAAUCUGACUUACUUUUAAUUGCAGAUUACUAACAUAGUUGGGUGCCUUUUGAAAACACUUUUAAUAAACAUUCUUGUUUUCCCAAGCUGAGCAAAGAUGGCAAUCAAUCCAAAAUUAACCAUUGCACCUGGAAGAUAAAAAGUUCAUUUAGGGUGUGACCACUAAGGAUUAAUUAACACAUUCUCACUCUGAACUAGACUAAUUCUGCCCACAGUGUGUAGGGUUGAAACCUUAGACAUGUGACUGACGCCCAUGAUGAGCUAUGAUUUUUUUGUCCUUUUUUUAACAAAAAUGUCCCUGCCCUUGCUAAUACAGAACUGAUUUCCAACCAUCUCCAAAAAUGUAUGUUUCUUUGAUCUUAGGGUCAUCAUAUUUCACGUAUAUCAAUUUUCCAGAAAAAAAAUAAUGUUAUGUUGAUAAUGAGAAAAACAUUUUGCACAAUUAUGUAAACCAUAUGUUAGUGUUAAAACAAUAAAAAGUGUAAAUGUGUCUAAGUUUAAAGCCAUCAUUGCAUGUCCCUCCCACACUUGAUGACCCAUUUAACAUGUUUUUCUUUAUUUUCCUUUUUGCUCUUAAUUAAUCAAUUGAAGGAAAUAAUAUGUUAUUCAAGGAGAGAUACUUGCUUUUGAAGUAUUAUUUUUGUACUGCUUUUAAAAAGAGUUUUCCAAAACAUCCGUAAGAAAAAAAUAAUGUAUUUUCAUUUCAAGUUGUUGGAAGAAAAUAAUGGGAUUCAAACCCAAUGAAAUAAAAGCUCUAUAACAUGUACAUUUAUCAAGUGGAACCAUGAAAAAGAUUUCAUUUUGAAAGUUAGAAUACCACGGGAAAUUUGUUUAGCUGAUCAACAAAGUAUCUUAUUUAUGGUUUGUUUCAGGUCAAAAGAGCAAUGCAGAGAGGAGCAACUGCAAUUAUUUUUGAUACCACAGAUCAUCCUGAAGCUGCAACAGAGGUAAGUUAUAUUUAUAUAUGAGUAAAGUUUAACACAUUUAUGUUCAUUUGGGUAAAAGACUGUUGUAUAUUAGCAUAUUGAAAGUUUAAUGUAUGGUAACUUUUGAGCAGCACAGUCAGUGGCUCACGUGUGUAUCCUUACAACAAUCUUGUCAUUGAGAGCUGAGAACCAAGGGCGCGAUCCAUUCAACCAACAUUCAGACCGGUCCGACCGGGAAAAGAGGACCACCUCAAAAGGUGGACCUGUUUUUUCGAAACUUUUCCGGUUGGACUGAACCGAUCCAUUGAGUUUUGGACCGAAAUUUCCAGAAAUUUUGGUUGAAUGGAUCGUGCCUUAAGUGAACAUGAAUUAAUUAUUUAUAAAAAGGUAUUACCCACUGCUUCAGCAAAAAAACACAAUUUAUAAAAAUAAAACAACAUAACCCCACUUACUUAUAGUGGCGAUAAAACAACAGAUGUUUAGGUUGUUAACCUUGUGGUGCUAUUGAAAAGAGAGUAAACAGGCUGCAAGAACAAAUUAACUUUAUUAAUUGAAAAGCCAGCUUUCUUGUUAAGAGCGACUACCUAGUUGUCAAUUUUUCUGAACUGAAAAGAACAAGAUUUCUGAUUAUACAUAUAUGUACAUGUACCUCUGAAAUGUUUUUUUAUUACCACUGACAAACACGUUUAAUUUUUUAACAAUAUGCUAAUGUAGUUCCUGUUGGCUUCUUGAUGCAGGUGAAUAUUUCAAAUGAUGAAAUUAAGUGGAAAUAAAAAGUCAAAUUUGUGUCAAAACUCCUUUAUGCAUUAUUAUUAAUAUAAGAAGAAAUAAUUUUAGUACAGAAACCUUGGAACAUGUAGUUCUGAACAAUGAUAAACAAAGGCUAUCAUUUACUUAUACUUACAAUGUACAACUUUCUUGACUUUUUCCACCUUUUAAUUUGUUGCAAUACUAAAAUUAGAACCACAAACAUGACUACAUGCAGUUGCUGGUUAUUUACUUCCAAAAACGAGUGUUUCUAAAGAGUAAGGAAUGGGUGUCAGCCAAUAUAAUUAUUAAAAGUUUUAUGGCUUUUUCAGCUAAUAGCUUUAGAAACAGCUUUACAUAUUAAGUAAGAAAAAAAGAAAACGUCAAAAUGUAUGGUCAUUAGUGACCAUCCUCUUGCUGCUGAUUUCAGUUAAAUGCUGCAACUACCAAGAUUGCCCGACCUGUUGUGUUAAUAGAUGGAAAAGAUGCCAAGAAAUUAAUGAAUAUUAUGAAGAAGUAAGUAGUUCAUGCCAUUGACUUAAAAUUAUUGUGCCAUGACAGAUAGAUUAGUACAGCAAUAAGUCUACAGUAUUUAGUGUCACUGCAGUGCACUUGUCAAAGCUACAGCGUUUCAAAAUGUAGCAGCUAUCCCACCUAAUAGAGAUAUAUGUUGUAACAUAUACAGCCACAUACCCAAUAAAUAAAAACACACUCCAAUAAGCAACAGUUGGCCGCAUGUCCAUUAAUGACAUUCCUAGCAGACCCACCUUCCAAAAAUUUAUAGACUCUGGUGCAGUCGUUUAUUAAAACAAUAAUAACUAUAAUAUUGAAUGAGGCUCUGCCUCAUUUGGGUUAUGUGAAGAAUUAUGCUGAUCAAAAAGGAUUGUGAAUUUUUAAUGGCCUCCCAGAUUAACAUAAAAGGCCAUUUGCAGGUCAAUGGCAUCAACCAGAAUCCAUCAUGCUUUCCUGUGCAAGUUAAGGCUUUUGUUAUUUAAACCCCACUAGGAUUGAUUACCAGAUUUAAAUAUGAAAGAAAAAUUGAAAGAAAUUCUGGUCUUAGUUGUUCAAACAUAUAAUCACAUAAUAGCCUGGCCUUUUCUAGCUUCACAUCAAAUGAAAGCCAAAUUCAAUAACUGUUAUUAUUUAGGGCUGUAAUAUUAAGUUUAAAGGCCAGCUGUAGAUUCACCUGUAACAUCUCAUAAAAGAUUAAUAGUCUGACUGCUAUCUCAAGCUUUCCACUUUGAUCACUCAUAGCAUCUCGUGAGCUCAUCAUGAUCAGCUGUAACAGGUGUUACAGGUAACAGCCCUUGCACAGGGAACCUAAAUGCUGUAUUGUAAGAUGGUUAACAAUGCCAGUAUCAAAUGUUUGCUUGUCUGGCGCGUCGUAAAGAAGACGCGACAGUUGCAUCUCAAGUUAACUAUUAACUCUCCUUGGGAGACAAUCUUGGGUUUCAAUUUGACGGCCAUGAGAAGAGAAAAGAGACAAGGGAUGAAACUUUGUAGUGGCAUUCAUACGAUCUGUGACUUCAGUUGACUUGACCAGUCUCACACAUGGAAAUGCGGGAAAACUCAAUCCGGGGACCGGCAGCCUUUGACUGUAAUCUCAGCGACACAGAACAAAAAUCAAUCUACUGAUCAUGGUAAUUUCAUUAAUACUGGUGAGUCGUGUGUGUGAUGCGGUGCCAGUCAAGCAAACAUUGGAUACCAGCAAUGUUAACCAUCUUUGACGGGAUUCAAAUUCCUUCCAAAACAACUCAUAAAUAAAGACUCAGGAACCACAGGUAAAUAGCAAAUAGCAACUGAUUAUUUUAUUCGCUAAUACAGCAUUUGGGUUCCCUGUGACCCUUGUGAUUGGCAUAUUUAUAUUAUUACCUUAAUGUUGUGUAAUAAUGUAUGUGGUAAUUUUUAUUCCUUCUUUGCUUCUUAACAGUCAAAAAGUGUCUAGAGCCAGAAUUCAGUAUAGUGUUGCUGGUUACACCCCUCAGGUAAAUAUUUUCAAUAUUUUUUAAGCAGUUUCUUACUGCUAAUUGAGAAAUAAGUCUUUGCACCAACUUAAUGUUUUAAUAAUAUUUCUUUUUCUCUAUUCAUAUUCAUCUAACCAUAAUACCAUUAUCUUUCUUUUUCAGAGAGCCUCCAAUGAAUAUUUUGAUAUGGUCAUCUUCAUGACUUUUUUUAUUCUGGUUUCCAUCAUCUGCUUUAUUUUAUUGCUUAAGGUAUGUUUUUUUACCAAUGACAGUGUCCAAAAUCUUACUUUGUAAUAUACAAAGCAUUGCUAGUUAACAUAUGAUGUUCACGAGAUACUGUGACAAAAAUUAUUGCUUCACUAGCUUACUCUUGUAUCAAACAACUCCGAACUUAUAGACUCAUCAAUAAUUGACAUGCAAAUCACAGCCUUAUCGUUAGUGGUUUGACUGAUCUGGUUAUGUGGUACUUUAAUUUACCUCAACUUGAACAUUGAGUCUUUUGAAUGUUUUGAGAAUAAACAGCUGAAAGAGUGAUUAUAACCAAGCGAGCACCUCUUUCUUAAUGUUGGUUACAUAAAAAUCUUGGCCACCAGUUCAGUUGUUUUAGGUAUCUUUGAAAACUAUCAUCCAACUUUAACAACACGUUUUCUCAAAAUAAAGCUAUAACUUAGAAUAUAUUGUAACAGUCAUGUACUCUAGGUCCCAUUUGGAAUUGGAAUCUAUUCUCUUUUCCAGAUUAAAUGGAGACAAAAACAGAAGGAGGUAAGAACUAAAUAACGCAAAUGAAACUUUUAAAAUAUGUAAAAUGUCUUGAAUUCAAAGUCUUCGGCAUGGAGGAAAUUACUGAUAGCAGACUGGUACAGGUUAAUGAACACACUAAUCAACCCAAACUCAAACCAAAGCUUAUUUAGUGUGCAUGGCAAAAUAAUUUUUAAAAGGUACAGUUUGUUUUAAUCUAUUUUGCUUGGAUGUAUUUAAGUUUUAUGGCUCAUCAUAAAGCAUGGUAGUAAGUUGUAGAAUCAAUUAAUAUAUACAAUCACAAAAUAAUUUUUGGUGUCUUAACUGAAUAUCCCUCACCCAACAUUGAUCAAUAUCAGUUACAAAACUUAAUUUAUUUAGUAAAGAGACAACUCUUUGGCAGAUGCAGAAAAAAUUAAUAUCUACCGGUAUUAUACCUUCAGAAAACCACAGCAGAAAUUGAGCAAGCUGUGAUUUAUAUUUUUAUUGACAAAUGCAAAAUUUACCUUGUCUAUCCUGCAGUCGUCUCUUACAAGAAUGGCUUUGCAUGCGUUAUCAAGAAUGGAGACAAGAAAAUACCACAGAGAUUCUUCAGAAUCAUCACGCACUAAAGAAGACAAUGGCAACUUCAGUGAUGCAGAGAGUACAAUGUCAACACAGUCUGACACUAUAAGUUCAAAGUGUGUUAUAUGCUUAGAGAAAUUUGAAGAUGGUCAGGUGUGUAAAUUCAACUUUUUUAAAUUUCAAGAUAUUUAAUUAAGCUUAUAAGACUUUUGACUUAAUGUUAAAAAUGGCAGGGGUAUUUUGAAAAACACUGAAGCUUAAUGUUUAAGGUUAGGAAACUGAGUGAAUCAAGUUUCAGGUUAAUUUUCCCGGAAUAAUGAACCUGAUUGGAGCCUGAUUCACUCACUUUCCUAACCCUUAUCACUAACUUCAAGAGUAAUUUGGUGUUCUGCAUUCGGCAUUCAGCGUUAUGCAAAAUAUCUUCGCCAUGUUAAAAAGCAUGUCCCACACAUACUGAAGCUGCUGGCUUAUUAAAAACGUACAGUCCCAAAACUUGUUGUUUAGAUACAUGCCCAAUAGUCCAUUUUACAGUUACAGGUGCAAACGAGGCUAGAGUUGGCCUUGUUUUGAUAUAACCCUUAUUGCUUUAUUAUGUAAAUCUGUGUUUUUCUUGUGCU